AUGCACUCCAUUUUGAUAUUGCUUGCUGAGCAGAUCGUGCACAUGAACGCACUUCCGGGUCAUGUUCGACGCAUAUCGUUCGGAGGAAAUGAAGAAGAAUUAGACGAGAUGAUGCAGAGCGAUGGAAAGAAGGAGAAGUGUGAAAUUGGAAAUAGUGGCAAUUCAUGUGCUGAAUCUAACCCUUUGCGCUCGUUUUCGCGCCUUUAUACUUAUCAUGUAAUAAACACUGCGAGUAGUGGUAAAGAGCUCGACAAUAAUCAAGUUCAGAACCCAAAAAAUUCUUGUUGGGUAUCGAAAACGAAGAAAGUUAAUCCAACACGCAUAGAACCUGCCGUUCAAAGCGAGUCGAUGCAUUCCGGACAUGCUUCUCUCAGCCUUUGCAAACAAUUCAAGACAUUUUUUCGGAGUAAUUUUGGUCAUGAGUCUUUUGAUCUGUCGGAAAAUAGCACAGAGAAGAUCGGUGUUGAACUGAAACGGUUCAAGAAUCAUAAGUACAGAUAUGUGCAAAAUACGUUGAUUAGAUCAAGUUUUAAAGAUACGUAUAGUACCAAAAAAUAUGUAAAAUGGAAGGAGAACGCAGAUAAAUCUCCAUUUAUAGAAAUUUUCACCUAUUCUAAAGAGUCGAAAACGUUCUCUGAAGACAUGUCUGGUAAAAUCCUUGAUGAAGAACACAAAACAUCCUCUGAGAACACAUCUGGUGAAACUUUUGGUGACAAAUGCGAAAAACCUGCAAUGCCCAAACCAAAGAGAACCAAGUUUUAUAAGCGGAUGAUCGAUUUUGUUCUAAACCAAUUCUCAGGCCACGAUGGUGUGUUGUCAGAUGAAAGUUCGGAAGACACAUGGGAUGAGAUAUGUUAA